CCAAGUUACUGCUACCAACUGUCACCUGCAGAUGCCAGUUAGUCUCGCAGUCAACGUUCGCGAAGCGUCGUGUGGUCAUAGUUUUUUUCACUCUCUUCUCAGCUCAUCAACCCCUUCGAUGGUUUUUGUUAUAUAUGGUGAAUCCAGUUUUUAAAUUCUUGCAAAAAAAUUCAUCGGUUGACGAUGUAUCAUUUGAAUGAGUGUACACGGAAGAUGUGUCAAGCUCGAUGAAUGCUUAUGAAACCGGGUCCAGUGUCAGUCAAAGCGACGCGCUUCCAAGUCGCCCUUUCGCCGUCUCAAUUCCUCUCACCGCUGCUACUAGUACGAAAUCCGGAAGCCUUCCAUGCAUAUAUCGUCAACAUCAAUAAAUUCUCUCAUUCAAUUAAAAAAUUUAUCUUUUUUUAACACGGGCAAAUUUCACAGUGACGAUCAACGGGGUGUGUGUGUGCCUCGCCCCCCCGGUGUCAAAUUAUUCAUAUCAACGACGCGUAAACCGGCUUUACGUGGAUGUGCACUGAAUCACGGGGUCGCAAUGUAUCGGAGAAGAAAAUUCACCGCGAGGAUGAGGAUCAAUCCCGAUGGACCUCGAUAAUAAGGAUAUGUCAAAAAUUUUCAAUAGGGAUGACAGAGCUACAUAACCCCACCGGCCGGUUAAAAAGUAGCAUAAUGAUCAUCCUAUGAGAAUAAAAUUUAGAAAUAUCGAAAGAUGAACUACAUGCUCUGUACCCUGUAUGGGUUCGCGAUAUUUUUUAUGAUAUUUUGGCUGUCAAUGUGGUUAGUGCAUAUUAUUGCGUUGGUGGCCGGUCGUUGGAAGCUGCAUCGAAAAGUUGCGCAAGUGCCGAUCUACGAAACGCCCUGGCCCGGUGUUUCAAUAAUCAAACCGCUCAUGGGUGUUGAUCCAAAUUUAUUUGGAAAUUUGGAAACGUUCUUCCUAUUGGAAUAUCCAAUUUAUGAGCUUCUUUUUUGUGUUGAAGACGAAACAGAUCCAGUGUUGAUGCUUGUUUAUAAAUUAAUGGAAAAAUAUCCUCAAGUUGACGCGAGAUCAUUUGUCGGUGGUUGUGGUGUUGGUGUUAAUCCAAAGAUCAACAAUAUGCAACCGGCAUAUGAGGCAUCAAAAUAUGAUUUAAUAUUAAUUAGUGAUAGUGGUAUUAGAAUGAAGGAGGAUACAUUACAGGAUAUGGUGAAUUAUAUGACUGAUAAUGUUGCAUUGGUGCACCAAAUGCCUUUUACAUGUGACAGAGAGGGUUUUGCGUCUGUUUAUGAGAAAAUAUUUUUCGGUACAGUACAAUCGCGAAUGUAUUUGGCAGCUGAUUUAUUAAGGAUCAAUUGUCAUACGGGUAUGUCGGCACUAUUGAGAAAGGCACCGUUAGAAGAGGUUGGAGGUUUAAAGAGUUUUGGUGUUUAUUUAGCGGAGGAUUUUUUUUAUGCUAAAUCAUUGACAACUCGUGGUUGGAGAAUAACAGUGUGUUCGCAACCAGCAAUGCAAAAUAGUGGACACUGUGAAGUACAAUCGUUUCAAGCAAGAUUGAGACGAUGGGCAAAACUUCGAGUUGCAAUGCUUCCAUUGACUAUUGUACUUGAGCCCCUUAGCGAGUGUUUAGUUCUUGGCGCUUGCACUUCCUGGGCAGCUAGUGUACUUUUUGAAUGGGAUUCCCUUGUUUUUUAUUUGGUUCAUAUACUUUUGUGGUUUAUGUUUGACUGGACCAUGUUGUGUGUUGUGCAAAAUGGACCUUUACCCUUUAAUAAACUUGAGUUUAUUAUCGCUUGGCUACUCAGUGAAACCACGAGACCAUAUUUAUUCCUGCAGGCAGUUCUUGAUCCUUUGAUUCAAUGGAGAUCGCGGGUCUACAAAUUAAAAUGGGGUGGAAUUGCCGAGGAAGUUAAAGCUAAAGUCAAAUACUGAAAAAGAAGAAUCAAGUACUUAAGCGCAUUCAUAAGAAAAUGUAUGUAUAUGUACAUAUAUAAAAUCACAUAUAUAUAUAUGAUGCAUAUUACAUACGUAGUUGAAGAAAACAGUAAACCAAAAAAAAAAAAAAAAAAAAAACAGAAAAAGUUUCAUACAUAAUGUGUAAAGAAUCUCAAAUACCAGAUCAUAUUUAAGAACCGUAAUUGUCAACAAAAAAAAUUAUUGUGGUAUGCUCAAAAAAAUUCUAGUGCAAUGGAUCGAGAAAAAACUGUUUCUACCUAUAAUAGGUAAUAUUUAAAUAUUAAUUCAAAUCUAGGAAUGUUAUUUAUUUCCAAUAUAGUUAUUUCAUGCCUGAAUCUUGCUAUAUCAGUCUAGAAAGAGAAAGAGAGAAAGAAAAAAAAAGUACAUAACAACCAAAAAAAAAAGGAUAGUGGGAAAUUUUUCUUUUUAAUCCUUGUGUUCAAAAAAUAAUGAAAAAAAUAAUAAUUUAAUAGUGAAUUUUACAAAGAGCACAAAAUAGUCGCAGAAAAUGAAAAAAAAAAAAUGAGAAGAUUGUAAGGGGAAACAUUCACAGUGCUCAAAUCAGUCAAAAUUAUUUUUAUUAUUAUAUAAUUAUUAUUAUUAUAACAAUUAUUAUUAUUAUUAUCUAGUUUUUAGUUAGAUAUUUAGAUAGGUCAAUGUUAGGUAAAGAAAGUAGGUUUGAGACAAUGUCAUCGGCUUGACUUGAAAUGAAAAAUUAAUUCGUCCCUCACGUGUGGUAAAGUUUAUUAUAAAUUGAAAUUUCCUUUAAUUAUUAUGUCCAUCGUAUAAAAAAUUAAAAAAAAGAAAUUUAAUUCCUAAAAAUAUGAAUGUAUUUUUAAGUUUGUAAAAUUUAAAAUUAGAUAAUUGAAAAUUAAUUAUUUAAAAACUAUUAAAAUCAUUAUUUGUCGCGAUAAAGUGUAUUAUAAUUUAAUUAUCUCGUUAAAUUCGUUAAUUAUUAAUUAAAUGAAUUUGUCGUUUUUUAUUGGGAUAAUUGUUUACUUUUCCUUGAAGCAUUAAUUUUGUUAAUUACUGAAAUAGUCCAAUUAUGUAUAUUGAUUAUAAAACUGUAAAUUAGAAAUGUCAAUAAUUAAAAUAAUUAUAAACUUUAAUUGAAUUAAUUAAAAUUUUUUUUUUCUUAUUAAAAAAUAAAUAUUUUUAUCUAAAAUUCAAAGAGUAUUAAAAAAAGAGACGAAUUAUUUUUUCUGUUAAUUAAAAAAAAAAAAAAAAAGUGCAUUGCACUUUGUCGAUGCAUCAAACCAUCUGCCUAUGACAAUGAAAUAUCACUUCGGAUGUACCUCAUUUCUAAUUAGAUUUUUAGAAUUAGGCGUAUAUAAUAUAUAUAUAUAGGGUAAGGGAAUAAUGAAUUCGAAAAAAAACUCAAUUGUGAUUAUCUUGACGAGAGCAGCUGAACAGAUACUCGAGCAAAUAGGUAUUGUAAAGUGAUUUUAGUACAGCGUUAUAUUCCUAUAUAUAUAUAUUUUUUUUUUCUCGACGCGAGGGCUGGUUUUACUACAAAUUUAAAAUGGAAACGAGGUCGAAACUUGCUUCGAAACACCGAGAUAUUGUUGUAAACGAGAACAAAUUACCAAGAAGAUUAAAAUCUAUUUUAAAAGUCUCUUUUUUUUCAAGAAUCGUGCGCUUUUAGGCUUAAAAUACGUAUUAGUUUAAACGGGACUUUUUGCAUUAUCAGAUAUUUUCAAUUCGAUUUUCUCUUAUUGUUAAACUCGGGAUUUUUUUUUUCUGUAGCUUUCGAAUAAUAUACGAACAAAUUUUCCGGUGAAUUCGCGCGAUAACCCGGAAUUUCGUUCUUAUCAGUGACUAAAAUUUUAAUUCUAAUAAAAAAAAAAUGAAUUAAAUUAAAAUUGCUAUUACAAUUAAAAUUAUAAAUUUCAAUUUAAGAAAAUGAGUUUUAUAUAGAAUAAAAUAAUUGAAUUUUUUUUUUGGUUGAAAUUUUAGUCACUGAUUUUAUGAUAUUUCCUUGCACAAUUGACGUCACACAAGUGAUUCGAUCUUCCUCUUCGAGUGACCUUUUUUUUCUCAAGGCAUCUUGGGUACAUACCUUUUUGGCCGACACUUAACCCUUGUCUCGACUUUUGAUUCUUAUUAUAACGCUCGUCAACCUCCACUUUUUUUUUUCUUUUUUUUUUCUUAUACACAUUGUCAUUCACGAACUUCCCUUCGUGCACCUACGGGACCUUUGAAAAGUGGCUUCCUCUACUUCUUGACUUAAUAAUGGCAACAACAUUCGCGACACUCGCUUUUUUACAAGUGUCCUUAAAGGUUUGCUACCAUCCUUGAAAUUUGAGUGUCUGGAAACCAGACGCGUCUAAGCUUUUCCAAAUUAUAAUUUUUUUUUCCCCACAUUUUUUUCUCAAUUCACCGAAACGAACGAAAAAUAUAAAAUUUUUUUUUUUUUUUUUUUUUAAGUAGAAAAUUUAAUAUUUUUUGAAAUAAAAAUUAUAUCAGAUUGACGUAAGAUUUUAUAUAAAUUUUCUUAUCGGAGAUAAAAUUUUUGCUCUACAUUCUGAUGAAUGCAAUGAACUUUUCUAUUGUUGAAAAAAAAAAUUCGAAAUGAAGUGCAAUAUAAAUAUAUGUUUGAAAUUAAAUACAAACCAAGUUGUAUCCGAUUACGAGACAUUGUACCGCAGUAACGUUCAAAGAAAUAUCUUCAAGUUACAAAAAAUAAUAUUCAAAUAUAAUGUUGCGAAAUUUUCUAAACAAAUAUAUCAUUGUAGGAAAAAAAACUUGAUAAGAAACACAUUUUUUUUUUUUUUUUUUUUUUCUAUUUAUUUAACAUAAAAAAAGUAAUCUCAAAUCAAAAAAUAAAUAAAAGAUUUGUGAUUAUUGAUUUCGUUCGUUUCGAUAAUUGAAAGAAAAAUGAUUUUUUUUUCUUAAAAAGAAAUCAGCAAAAAAUAUCAAAUUUAUAAUCGAUAACGUUUUUUAUCGCAUGGAAAUAUUUAAUUUUUAUCUAUACACUAUUUUUAUUUCACUUAAACGAUUUAGGCAAAAUUUCGAAAAAAAUAUCAACGCGUUUAUCAAAAAAAAAAAAAAAAACAAGGCACUUGUAUCGAUAUUUAUAAGGAACACGCGUACCUUAAAAAAAAAAUUUUGUACAGUUAUAUUAAUUGCAAAUGUAAAUAAACAUUAAAAACGCUCUUUAGUAAUUUAAUUUAAUUCCGGCGAUUGAGGAAGCGAUUUUAUUUUUUUAAGAAUCGAACAUCAAGAAUUUAAAAUUUUUUUUUCUCUUCGAAGUUUAUGGAUUUUUGUUUUACGAUCUUCACCAUAUUUAUGAUUAAUUUUUAUCUAGUUUCUUUUUUAGGAAAAAUACGAAAAAAAAUAUAUAGAUUUUGUUUUAAUUUAUAUAAAUUGUUUUUUUUAUAUAUAUAUAUAUAUAUUUUACGUUACUGCCACUGAUUGUGAAGUCAAAUUAAUUUUAGCUGCUCUAUUAGUUAUAUUAAUGUUUCUCAAUGCAAAGUAUUUUCUUGCCAAGAUUCUCAAAUUUGUUUUUAAAGCCUUGGAGAAAGCAGUGAAAUUAUAAUUUUUUUGGGUAUUCCUCGCCGAGAUGAAAUUUUUUUUUUUUUUUUUAUAAAAUUUUUGUUAUUUUCAAUGUCUUAUAAAAGAUAUUUGAAAAUUAAGUAACACCAAUGGUGGAGAAUUUUACAAUUUAUAUUUAAAAAUUUAGAUGCUAAUAAAUUUUCACUAUUAAAGCUUUUGACAGAUUUACAAACAGAUCUGAAUGACUUGGAACAUUUUUUGUGGCAAAAAAAAAAAAAAAAAAAAAAAUUGUAAAAAUAUAAAACCUUUUUGAAUGUUAUAUUCAAGCAUACCUAUAUAAUGAGAAUUUUUUCUUAAAUUUUAAAAAAUAGCUUUUUUGCUACAAAUAGAUUUUUUUUUUUUUUUUGCAACUUUCAUAUCGUUUUCGAUCGAACGCGAUUCGUACAAUCUCGUACCAUCUAUGAAAUAUGUAAAUCGUCACGAUAUGAGAAAAUGUGCAAAAAAAAAAAAAAGAAAAAAAAAAUUAAACUUGCGAAUUUUCGACCAAAUAUAUAUUUAUUAAGGAACAUUUUCUCAUUUAAAUAGAGUCAAAACUGAAUUAUUUUUUUUUUUUUCUAAAUGAGAAAUGAAUUAAUUUUUUUUAAUUAAGAAAAAGCGAAAUAUUUUUUUUAUUUCAAAAAAAUGAGAGGGAGAAAAUGAAGAUUGGCUUGUUUUUUUUCGAUUAUUUAUAUCGUGUUGCAAUAUAGCAGGUGUUAUUCUAAUUAAAACACGUGUUCAAUAUAUUAACUAUUUUGCAGUGCAAAGUAAUUUUCUCGACACUUGCAAAAAAUUAUUUUUAUUAAAAAAAUGGGGUCAUAAAAUUCAUUUCUCCUUUAAAAAAAAAUAAUAAUAAUAACAAUAAAAUUGACACGAGCUUUUAAAUUAUAUGUAUUUAAUAUAGAUAUAUCUAGAGGUUUUAUCGCUUCUCGGCGAAUUAUAUAUUGUGUAUUAUAUAGGUAUGCAAAAAUGUUUUCAUCAUUUGUACAUAAUCAUGUAAUGGCGAAUUAUUUCAUCGAUUUUUAUUUCACCUCACGAAUAUUCGUGAAGAUAAAUUAUUACAACAUAAAAUGCAUAUAUAUAUAUAUAUAUAUAUAUAUAUAUAUAUAUAUAUAAAUAAGUGAGAAUGUCCGGUUUUAGAAUAUACGAAAACUUUCCUAAUUUAAUCCGCUUUGUAUGAAAAAAAAAAAAAAAAAUAUUUAAAAUAUUAAGACAUGACGUAUAGCUAAUUAUUAUUCUCUCGUAAACAAAUAAGUAUGGUAUAGACAAUUAUUAAUUAUAAAAAAAUAUUGUAUAAUUAUUAAAAAAAAUCUUCAUUAACAAGGGCUGUCUUUUUUGAUUUUUUUUUUUUUUUUUUUUAAUGUGAUUGUUAGACUAUAAGCUGAAGUAUAUUGUGUAUACUUGAAAGUGGCCAAGCAAAAAAGCAGCUGUGAUCAGCAUUACAUAGAUUUCUGCGAGUUCCAAAAAAUUUUUAUUUUUUUUCGAAAAUUCUUUUUAAUCUUUUAAUAUUUAUAAUAUUUAUUAAUAUAUUAAUAUAUUUAUAAUAUAUUUAAUAUAUAUAUUAAAAUUCAACGUAAUCGAUCUGUUUUUUUCAAAAAAAAAAAAAAAAAAAAACCAGUUUCCGAUGACAUGAAAAUGAUAAAAACAAGGCAGAAGAUAUAACUAAUUUCAUUGUGUUAUCAAAGUUUAUUAUUUUAACGACAAAAAGCAAAUGAUAAAAAAAGCGUGUCAUUUGCAUUUAAAAAAAAAAAAAUAUAUUUCCUUAUUUUCUAAUUAUUGAAAAUAAUUAUAUGACGUCAAAAUUUUGUUCUAUCUUUAAUAAUAUAGAGAAAAUGGAAUUUCAUUUGUAAUAGAGAAAUUAAAUUUUUAAAAAAUAUUCAAUUUGAAGGAAAAAAAAUUUAUGGAAAUAAAUUUUAAAUAAAUUACAUUUUUUUUUGUUCUUUUAUCUCACACAAUUAAUAAGCGAAAAAAAAAAUUAUUUUUAAAAAUAUUUUUUAUUCAUUUAGUAAAUUUAAUAAAAUACUUUUUUUUUUUUAUUGAAAAUAUCGAGUGAAAAUUUACUGAUUAGUAAUAAUUAUCCUUGAUCUUAUUUUAUACGAGGAGUUUCUUUAACGCAUUAUAUUGAGAACAUAAUUUUGUUUGCUUUUAGUUUUUCUAGCCAAUCCAUUAUAGAGUUUUGUACAUUUAUAGUCAGUCACUUUCUGAGAAUGCUUUUAGUCAAAUUAAAGCCAUAGAUACAAAUUUUCAUUCAGAAAAAAAAAAAAAUGACGUGCCAUUAUUUGAAUGAAGUUUGUAACCAAUAUUAAAUUAUUGUGAUAGUAUUGAUGUUACUUAAUUUAAUCUAAUCGUUUUUAAACUAUACAUGCGAUUCUCACGUGGGAUGCUGCGGAUAUAUUAUAUUUAUCGGGAAAAGUACCACCAAGUUGAAUUUAGAUUCUAGUUUAGAUUACAAUAUUUAAAUAAUAUUAUUACUUCGUUCAAAGAAGCAAAGUCAUAUUUAUAAUAAUAUUUUUCAAUAUUUAAAAAUAAAAAUUAUUUUUUAAUACAAAAAAAAAAAAAAAUCUCUUUUAUUUUUUUCUAAUUUUAAACAUGAUUUAUUUUAAAAUCAGUGUUUAGUCAUAUCUUUUGUCUGGUUUUUAAACAUUUUUGACUUUUUAAUUUUUUUUUUUAUCUGUUUAGUUUAUCUUUUUAAUAUUUAUUUUUCAAACUUGUACUGGAAUAUGGGAAAUUUUUGUAUGUGUCAUUGGAAAUUAUAGUUUACUUUGAAAUUAUUAUUGUUUAAAAAAAUUACACAACUUUUUAAUCUCAAGUUAUUAUUAGAUUCAGAAUUUUCAAACCUCUGCUCGUUUUUAAUGUAAUUGAAUUUUAAUUUUAAUUUUAAUUAAUUAUUAUUUUUGAUUUUGCAAUUUUUUGUCAAAUAUUCUGUUAUUAAUUUAAAUUAUCUUUUUUCUAUCGAUAAAAAUUAAUAAUAAUAAUAAUAGAAACAAUAUUUUCUAUUUUUCAUUAAAAAAAAAUUUAGUUGGUUAAAAAAAUUAAAAAUUAAAAAAAAAUGUAUUUCGCUGAAAAUAGUUUGCAAUAAAAAUAUCUUGUAAACAUUUUGUUACGAUGCGAAGCCUUAAAGUAUCGAGACUCAUUUGAAAAGUCACUUAACACCAGUCUGAUAAAUUGGAUUAAAAUAAGGAAAUCGUUGGAAUAGUUGACUCGAACGUAAUAGGAAAACUUAUUCUCGUUAAGUUUUACAAACGAUCGACUUUUCUCUCACUCUUCGAAAUUAAAUCUUCAUUUAUUCUAAAACUCUUAACUAUUAAUUUAUUUAAUAUCAAAUUUUGUAAAUUUUUAAACAUUUUUAUUAAAAAAAAAAAAAAUUUCCUAAUUAAAUUAAUAACAGAAUAUUUCAAAAAAAAAAAAUUGUUUAAUUAAUUUUUUUACGAUUAAAUAAUUAAAAUAGUUAAAUUUUUAUUUUAAUUAAAUAAAUAAAUAAAAUAAUAAUUAAAUUAAUAAUUAUAAGUAAAUUAAUAAUUAAUUCAAAUAAAAAUGUUAAAUAUGUUUGAUAAUAAUUUUUUAUAUAAUAAAUGUAAUUGAAAAAUGAAAUUUUUUGAAAGAAUGAAACAUAUCAAAAAUUAUAUUGUAUAUUGCAUGUGUGGUGAAUUUGAUUUAUUUUCUCUAAUUUGAAAUGAAAUAUUCACAUUUUUUUUUUUUGGAUUGAUCGCUUAAGUCUAUUAGACUGUCACUAUGACCAUUAAAUUAUCAAAUUUCCUCAAUUGAAUUCUCUGGGCAGUAUAUGUCAAUAUUGAAUUUAAUAUUGUCGGUGAAUGACCGACUCAACAACUAGUCAAUUGCUUAAUUUAAAAAAGCUCGUGCUUGUAUAAAUUCGCGAAUUCUAUUAUUAAAUAUUAAUAAUAAAUAUUGAUUUUCUGGAUAAAUAAAUCGAUUCAUUUUUCGCCAAUGAAAAAAAAAUUUUCUAUUUUACACUUGAGAAAUAAUUAAUAAUGAAUUAUUAAUAUUGGUUAAUUAAUUAAUCAAUAUUUUAUGAAAUUAGGAAUUAAAUUAUAAAAUUUUAAUUCCAAAAAUUAAUUUUUCCAUUUAUUUUUAAUUUAUAGUUAAUUGUAAUUUUAAAUCUUAAUUUAAAUUUUAAUUGAACAUGGUAAAUUACUGCGUUAAAUUUAUUGAGGAUUUUUUUUUUUUAUCAAAAAAGCAUAUCAAAUAUUAUUGAAAAUAAGAUCAAAUUUAAUUAAUAAUAAAAAAAAAGUUUUCCAAUUAAAAUGUACUUUUAAUUACAAAAAAACUUAUUGGCUUCUAUUGAUGAAAUUUUUUUUUAUUUUUUAUUUAAACAUGAACAUUCCACUGUCAUCAGGGAAAGUUAAAUAAUUAAAUAGGAAAUGUAAAUUUUUUGUAAAAGCAGUUAAUUAGCUAUAAAAUGUAAUUUAAUUAAUUUUAUUAAAUUAAAUUAAUUAAUUUAAUAAUUUAAAAUUAAUAUGUUUUUAAUAAUUUAAAUUUGAAAAAAAUGUAAAUUCAAAAUAUUAAUUAAAAAAAUUCGAAAAUUAAUAUUUUCGAAAUUAAUAUAAUUAAAGAUAAAAUUUGUAAAAAGUGAAUGGACUCGCAGAAAUCAAUUUAAAAAAAAAGAGGAUAGCGAACUAAUUAGUUCACAGAUGUUUAGAUUUAACGUAGAAUAAUUACCAUACCGUACUUAUAGAAUCACGAAAAAAAAAAUGCCAACUUACGAUUUAUUGUAUAUCUAAUAUUUAAAAAAAAAAAAGAAAAAGAAAAAGAAAACGAAGAGAGCCGGAUUGAGUGUGAAAAAGAAAUAAAAAUAAUGAAUAAUGAUUUUUGAAAUUAAUUGCGAUAUUUUUCAUUCUUGUAUUUGGAAGAAAUUUUUCUACUAUAUAUGUGUAUGUGUAUUUGUGAGCGAGAAGGCAGAGGCCUAUACGACUUAUUUGUGAAAAAAUGAAUUUUUUGUUCUUUCGAGAGCAAGAGAGAGAAAGCGAAAAAUUAUUCUAGAGAGAGAGAGAAAGAGAUAAAAAAUUAAACGUUUUUUAUACCAGUUUUGCUAUUGUUUUUUAUUGAAAAAUUAUAAGAGACAAGCGAGACUGUCCUUGGAAAAAGUAAAAUGAUUCUCUUUUAAUUUUAUAAUCGACACUUUCAUGUUUCUCUAUGACUAAAUAUAGUUUCGUCUUGUCAUUUCCAUUAAAAAAAAGAAAAAAAAAAAAGAAAAAGAAAAAUACGUUGUGAUAAUUUAAAAUUCACUAAAAUGUUCUUUUUUGUAAAUAAAAUAUGAUUUUCUAUUUUUUUA